ACUGCCUCCCGCGCAAGAACCAGGGAGACAGGGAGGGGACUGCCAGAGUAGCAUAAAACUGCAACACCAAACCCCCCACAGAGCCACCUCCGGAUACCGGUCCCACGGAGGCGCAGAGCAUGGACGCCGUGCUGCUAGAGCACUUUCCCGGGGGCCUGGACGCCUUCCCGUCUCCUUACUUUGACGAGGAGGACUUCUUCACAGACCAGUCCUCUCGGGACCCUCUGGAGGACGGCGAUGAGCUGCUGGUGGACGAGCAGGCCGAGGUGGAGUUCCUCAGCCACCAGCUGCACGAAUACUGCUACCGCGACGGGGCGUGCCUGCUGCUGCAGCCCGCGCCCCCGGCCGCCCCGCACGCGCUCGCCCCGCCGCCCUCGGGGGGCCCCGGAGAGCCGGAGGAAGGCGGCGGAGGCUACUGCUGUGAGGCGGGGGCGCCCCCGGGCGGCUUCCCCUACUCGCCGGACUCGCCACCCCCGUGCCUCGCCUACCCGUGCGCCGGGGUGUCCGUGCUGUCCCCCGGGACCCGACUGCGCGGCCUGAGCGGGGCGGCGGCGGCGCGGCGGAGGCGGCGGGUGCGCUCGGAGGCCGAACUGCAGCAGCUGCGCCAGGCGGCCAACGUGCGGGAGCGGAGGCGCAUGCAGUCCAUCAACGACGCCUUCGAGGGGCUGCGCUCGCACAUCCCCACGCUGCCCUACGAGAAGCGCCUCUCCAAAGUGGACACGCUGCGCCUGGCCAUCGGCUACAUCAACUUCCUCAGCGAGCUGGUGCAGACGGACCUGCCGCUGCGCGGCGGCGGCCGGGGCCCUGGCUGCGGCGGGCGCCUGAGUGGGGACAUCCCCGGCGGCCAGGCCCAGAAAGUCAUCAUCUGCCAUCGGGGCACCCGGUCCCCCUCCCCCAGCGACCCGGAUUACGGACUCCCGCCCCUUGCAGGACACUCUCUCUCAUGGACUGAUGAAAAACAACUCAGAGAACAGAAUAUUAUCCGGACAGCCAAAGUGUGGACCCCGGAGGACCCCAGAAAACUCACCAGCAAGUCUUCCUUCAACAACAUAGAGAACGAGCCGCCCUUUGAGUUUGUGUCCUGAGAAAUCACAGACUCGCCUGGUUGGGUCUCUGUGCAUAUUGUACAUGCAAAUGUCUAUGAUGUAAAUGUAAUUUAAGAAUCGCAUUUUUUUUCUAAUGGCAAUCAACGGUUUGUUAUUUAUCUAUUUAUUAUGCUUGUUGAGUUAAUGAAAUAGUUCUCUUUUUUAAAUAUAUAAUUUAUAUAAUUUAUCCUGAUUUUCUAAAAAAAUAUGCAAUAGCCUGUGAUUCCCCCAGCACCUUUGGCAGAGUGUUGUUGGAAGAACUCUGUCUAGAAAAUUGUGCUAAUUUAUUGACAGAUUUGGUUUAUUUCUAAGCGAUGUUAAUAAAUGUACUUG